AUGGUCGUAGCUUGUGCAAUGACAAUCAUAAGUCAAAGUACUAGCGGAAUCGACUUUAUUGAAAACGAAGAAGUAAAAGUGGUAAUCUGUCAAGAUAAUAGUGCCGCAGUAACUACUACGCGGAGGUCACAAAGAAAUAUUGGAAAAAAACCUCGGAGAUAUAAUAUUUACUCAGAAACAGAUACUAGCAAUGAUAGCUUUAGUAGUAAUAGUAGUACGGAAUCUCCUACAAAGAAGAAAUCCUUAUCUGCAAAGAACCAAGUUAAAAUUAUUAGUCCUAAACGAGGUCCUGGUCGACCACGUAAAAACGUUGAUUUAACAGAGACUCAACGCACUAUAGGUUCACCUAUAAUACCUCGUCCAAAUGCGCAAUCGAGUAAACCUGUUGGGAGACCACCUAUUAGGCCUGCAAAGUCACUUCGUUUAAAGUUUUCUUUGGAUUCAGGUACUACCUCCACUUCAACUACACCUGAGAAAAAGGUAUCUGGUAAUCAAACUUCUGUCGAAGUCACGCCAUCUGCACAUUUUAGUAAUACAAGUGUCUCAAAUACUGAUACUUUUACGCAAAGAAUGUCGGAAAAACCAAUAUUUAAUGGAAAUAAUAGCGAAAUUCCAAUAGGUACAACUUCUGAUGUUCCUGUAAACGUUACUCCUAUAAAACGAGGGCCAGGUCGACCUCGUAAAAAUCCGCUACCAUUGGAUAGUAUGAAAUCUCCUGUUAACGGACAAUCCGCGCGUCAAAAUGAUCGGAAACGAAAAAUCAACGUUAAUAGUAGAAAUGCAACAUUAAAUGAAUCAAAAAAUAAUGAUGGCAAUUAUUCUAAGGAAACUUUUGUUACUCCUAGGACGAAAAGAACUAAAACUUUGUCAAAUAAUGAAGAAUCUCUGUCGGAGAUAAUAUCUAAGAAGCCAGAAAAGCCAAAGACUCCCUUGGGUAUAAUUCGUGAAGAGCGUGUAAAGGAGCGUGUGGAUGAUCUCGUUCAAGUUGUUGAAGAACAUGACAGCUUGGUUCGAGAGUUGUAUUAUAUGGAAUCUUAUAAUAUGUUGAUGUGGGAUCUCGACCCACAAAAAAUAAAUUCUGAUAAUAGUGAGCGUAUGGUUAAGUAUUUAGAAAAUCACAACCUAUGGUCCUCUUUAAACGAACAAGUCACCAACAGCAUCCAAUCAAAUUCUACUAGGAUGUCCACUCGUCGGUCACUUAACAAACAUCGUGAUUCUAUCCUCAGUAUGUUACAACAAUCUAUCGGUUCGCGAGUUUUCCACAAUGUUAUGCCAUCCGAGCAUACUUCUGGAGACUCUGACAGUGGAAGUCGCCCAUUCCGUAGGUCCUCAAGAGUAGAUUCUACUAGUAAUCGUGAUAAUGCAUCAUCGGGUAGUAUGUCAUUGUAUUCGCUACGUAGGCGAGGUCAUGCUCAAUUUCCAAGUUUUGAAGCAUAUUUGGAAUCGUUUAUCACUUUGGAUGAUGAGGAUAUCACCCCUGCUGAAGAAGCAGCUAGGCUUCCAAACGAGAUAGAUGUUGAUUAUCGUAUUUUAGUCUUAAAAAAUAAAGGAAAAUUACAACCAAUUCCUAAACCAGCUUCUGAACCACCACGCCAAAAGGUUCAUUGGGAUUUCAUUCUUGACGGAGUAGUGGCAAAGUCGAAAAGAAUUAAUAAAAGUAGUGAUGAAAGGUUAAGAAAAACGCAUCAAGUCAGUAGGGCAAUUUUAGGACAUUUUAACAAAUUAGCGAUGAAAGAGCCAAAUGCGAUAAAAGCUGAAGAAAAGCGAAUCAAAAAGUUAGCUAAGACAACAGCUAACUUAGUCAAACAUAGGUGGAGAGAAAUAGCGAAAUUUAUUAAUGAUAUGCAUGACAAGCUGGUGGCCGAAGAAGAAGAACGACGAGGCAAACAAAAGCUUAAUGCACUUUUUGAAGAUGCUACUCAGAAGAUUGAAUUUCACGAAAAAUAUUUAAUGGGAACUACUACUAUGGAAGAUGUUAAUAUAAAUAACAAUGAUAAGCAGGAAUUCAAAUCAGAUAUUAAUUUAUCUGAUGAAGAUCAAAUGUCAAUGGAUGAAGAGGUCAUGGAAAUUGAAUCUUCGGAUGAUGACGAAGAAAUUCGUAAUUUACAAGCUGAGAAAGACCUUCCAUUAGAGGAUUUAAUGGAAAAAUAUGAUUAUCCUCUUUAUUUUGAGGAUCAGGAAGAUAAUCGUUCUACAGAUCCGGAUAUGUCUGAUGAAGAAGUUGAAAAAGAUCAAUCUUUUCAACAUGGAGAGUCGGACGCAUAUAUGAAUGUUGACAAUGAGGCAAGUUCCUUCCCUUCAAUAUCUACUCCAGAGCAAUUAGACAAUGCACUUCGAAAGAGUUUACGCAAACGAACAUUAUCUCUCGAUAUAAAAACGGUAAAUCUUAGUGAUGAUCCUGACAUUAAUGACAGAGAGUUUACAGUGUCACUGGAUCAGUGUGUUGAAGAUAAUGAGGCUUCGUUGGAAGCUCAAGAACUUGAAGAAGAUUCUGAAGAGGAAGCGAUUGAAUUAAACGAAUUAGCUGAUGAAAUGAAUCUUCCCAUAGAUGAAUUAUUAAAGCGUUAUGGCGUUAAUAAACAUUCCGAGGAAGAAAAUAAUGCCGAUAUUGAAGAGUCAAAGCUAGUUUCAAAUGGUACUACUAGUAAAGGUUUAAGAAAGGGUGUUCAGGAGAAAAGAAAAAGUGAUGUCUUAUCAUUAUAUGAUAGUGACGAUGAUAGUCUUUCAGAAUUAGAUACGUCAACACAAAGUUCUGAAAGUUCGAAUGUAUCUGUUCGAAUUGAAAACAUUCCAGCGAAUGGUGGUGAGAUGCCUCGACAACAUGAAGCUGAUGAGUCGAUUUCUGUAGUAACUACUGAUACAGAUGACGAUUUCACGACCAAAUUUUUAAUAUCCAAGUCCCAGGAAAGCUUUAUGAAAAAGGCUAUUAUAACCUCUGAUAAUCGUUCAGACAAUUCUAAAUUAAGUGCAAAGAGAAAAAAGCUGGAAAAAGAACCUGGUAUACUAGAAGAUGGUACUGAUACAUCAAGACAGUCUACUAAUAUAACGGCUCUUACGAUUACCAAAGCAAGGACACCAAUACCUUCAUUAUUGAGAGGUCAACUUCGUGCAUAUCAACAUGAUGGUCUUCAUUGGCUUGCUAGUUUAUAUGAACAAGGGAGUAAUGGCAUUCUUGCUGACGAGAUGGGUCUCGGUAAAACAAUUCAAACCAUUGCUUUAUUGGCUCAUUUGGCUUGCGAUAAAGGAGUUUGGGGACCUCAUUUAAUUAUUGUACCUACAAGCGUUAUUAUUAACUGGGAAAUGGAGUUUAAAAAGUGGUGUCCCGGAUUUAUCAUUUUAACUUAUUAUGGUAGUCCAAAAGAACGUAAAGAAAAACGUUUGGGAUGGUCAAAAGAACAUUCGUUCCAUGUUUGUAUCACUUCUUACCAUCUCGCAGUGCAAGAUGCAAUUAAUUUCAGGAAAAAGAAAUGGCACUAUUUGAUUCUUGAUGAAGCUCAUAAUAUCAAGAAUUUUAAAUCUCAACGUUGGAAUACUUUAUUGAACUUUAAUUCCGAGAGAAGAUUACUACUAACUGGAACGCCUUUGCAAAAUAAUCUUAUGGAAUUAUGGUCUUUGUUGUACUUUUUAAAACCUAAUUCACGUAAUGAUGAUAUGUCGUUUGAGUAUGCUAAUCAAAAAGAAUUUCAAGAUUGGUUUUCACGUCCUGUUGAUAAAAUGAUUGAAAACAAUGAAGGAUUUGAUGAAAAAACUCGUGCGGCUAUUCUAGUUGAUUUUUUGUAUAAACUCUUGACAUUUCACAUUAUUCUAUAUAUGGAAUUAUAA